AUGUCUCCCAUAGCAUAUACAUGCGUUCGCCUCGGCUUCUCGAACGACGGAGCUGCUAACAUCAACCUGGAGACUUGGUUCGCAAAAAAAAACCGAAAUUUUGCCCGCCUUCGAACCGUUGCGUCGAUCCACAUAGUUCACCUUCAUCUGCCUCUGACCCCCGCUCCGUUCACUGGGAAAUGCGAAUUCUGUGGGGGGCGGCUCCGUUGGCGUUUCCUGGUGCUCACCCUCCCCGCAAGCCUCUUCUUAUUAUGGACUGCUCUGCCAUAUGAUAGCUCUAUCCGCCUUGCCCUCCGCUUCAAUCUUAAUGCUCUUGGUUCUCCCUUCACAAGCCAGCGGUUGUUCGUCAAACCACCCGCUUUUCCAGUGACAAUCUCAAAGGAUGCUGGCAUAAUUCUCAAGUCUGGAUUUGGAACAAAAGAUCGAAUUUCCGCAUGGCUUGAAUGGCACCAAGAAAGGAGUUUUGUCGACAUCCUUGUUGUCGGCGACUUUGCAACGCAGCCAGGACAGCACUAUAAUUACAGCGGCCGUCAACUUAACGUCCACGACUUGUUGGCGCUGAUGCUGGAGAAUGGAUCCCUACCCCCAGGCUUAUCGCAUCCACGAUUGCUCAAAUAUUCAAACCUAACAGCUGCCAUUGCCACUGGUGACACGAACCUUGCACUUGAGCUAUCCAAAUCCUUUGGAUGGGAAUUAGAUGCUAUGAAGGUAGUGAUCUUUUACAGGGCUGAACACCAACUCGUUGAUCCAUUCGAUUUAUUUCUGGGCUUGAGCUGGCCUAUAAACGCAUGCCACUUAAAAAAAUUGUACAUUUUGGCGGAUGACGACACAUACAUCGUGGCCCCUUCACUGGAAGGCUUUUUAGGCCAUUUCGACUCAAAUCUUUGCUACUAUCUUGGAAAUCCUGUUGGAGAUUAUAGAGGCCGCUUCGCCCACGGAGGAUCCUCUGUGAUCUUAUCCCAGGCGACUAUGCGCCGACUUUUUGGGAAUCCUGAAAUAGUUUCUGCGGCGCAUGAAGAGUCGCUUUCAGAAACUUGGGGUGAUAAACUUCUUGCAACAACCUUAAUCAAACUUGGGAUAUACCUAGAGGAAGGAUACUCCCGGUUCUUUAAUGGGGAACCGCCUAGGAGCGCGAAGCUCCGAUCGGAUCGAUUUUGCAUAGCCAUUAUGGCUUUCCAUGGGUUAUCUCCUUUAGCCAUGCUACAGACCGGCAGAAUGUUCAGACAUGCUGUAAAGCCUGUGCGAUGGAUCGACUUAUUGUCUAUUUACCAGGCACUACUCCCUGACACUUUUACAAAACAAUCAAUUCGACAAAAUUGGGACCACGUUGGUAGUCUGGAUGAAUCGACAAAAUCAAUUAACGUCCCGACUGCCGGCCAUUGUGGCGAAGCAUGUCACGCCGAUUCUAGUUUCUGUCUUGCCUGGACCUGGGAACUAGACACCCAAGCUUGCCACAUGAGCCCAUGGGUGAUUGUGGGAGAUAACGCUCCUGGAAAAGCCUCAGGACUUAAUACACCACGAGUAAAAAAGCUGGCUACCACAUGCUAG